GGUUGAGGGAGCAGGUUGGAAAGAUCGUGUUGUGUCCUCAGUCCCAUUGGUCAUGGUGUCCUUGUUGUCCCGUGGAGUUGGGGGGCUGCUCAGGUCCUUGGCCGGGAUUAACUGCAGCCAAGUCAUAAGAUGCACCAGUGUUUCCAGUGGAAUCUUGGGGCUCCAGUGCACCCCAUGCAGAUGGUUUGCGAAACGCUCCGCCCCCAGUGAUUAUCUGAAGCGGCCGCUGACAGCGUAUCUGCGUUUUUUUAUAGAGCAGCGACCCAAACUCUGCAAACAGUAUCCCGAAACUAAAUUGAUGGACCUGACCAAGAUAAUCGCCCUGGAGUGGAAAGGCCUCCCUUCCGCAGACAAAGAGCCAUACGAAACAGUGGCAAAGGCCGAACAGAAGAAAUACAGAGAGGAGGUGAAACAAUACCGAGAGGCACUGAGUCCAAUGCAACUAGAGUUACAAAGGGAGCAAAGGCGGCAGAGACUGGCGAAAAGGAAGAGCGUAAGAAAAAAAAGGGAGCUGACAGUAUUGGGACGGCCCAAAAGACCCCGUUCAUCUUUCAAUAUAUUUAUGUCUGAGCACUUUCAGGAUGCUAAAGGCACCUCUAGUCAGACGAAGAUGAAGAGUCUGCGGGAUGAAUGGGAGAGGCUACAUAAUGCACAAAAGCAGCCGUACAACCACCUUGCUGAGGAUGACAAGAUCCGCUAUGAAAAUGAAAUGAAGUCCUGGGAAGAACAGAUGAUGGAAAUCGGCCGAUUGGAUCUGGUUCGGCUGAAUCAGAGGAAAAGGUUUAAGAAGCCCAGGGCAGCGAGAGCUUCCUCUAAAUCGAACACGGCCAAGAAAGCACUGACUGAAUCAUCCAGCCACAAUGAAGGCUUCAGGGGCCCCAAACAACAUGAAGAAUAAAUCUGGGAAUCGUUUUUUUUUUUUGGUAUUAAACAGACCAUUUACUGCUUUAUAGGCAUAACUAUCCCCUUUAUGUAUCCCUUGGUUAAAGGAGAACUAAAGCCUAACUAAAGAAGUAGCUAGAAAUGUUG